AUGUGCAAGAACACCCCCACCAACCCUGACCGUGUGGUCCUCCCUACCAACGUCACCCCCUCCCACUACACCCUCACCAUCACCCCCAACCUCAAGGAAUACACCUUUGGCGGAUAUGUCGAGAUUAACAUUGACAUCCACAAGCCCACCAAGACCAUCUUGAUCAACACCAAGGAGCUGGCCAUCACCUACGGCAGAGUCGAGAUUGGCGAGACCACCCAUGAGGCUUCGUCGACCUCGUUUGAUGAACAUCGCGAAACCACCACCUUCACAUUCGACCAGGAGCUGCCCAAGGGACCCGCAGUCUUCAACAUCCUCUUUCAGGGAAUCUUGAACGACAAGAUGGCUGGUUUCUAUCGCUCCUCCUACAAGGAUGCCGAGGGCAAUGCCAAGGUCAUGGGUGUCACCCAGUUCGAGGCCACCGAGGCUCGUCGCGCUUUCCCCUGCUGGGACGAACCCGCUGUCAAGGCUACCUUCUCGAUCAAGUUGUGCGUCCCAUCUGAGCUCAUUGCUCUCUCCAACAUGCCCGUCGAGCAGAUCACCGCUGUCGAGCCCGAGGAGAUGACCUUCCACUUCGAGAAGACCCCUAUCAUGUCGACCUACUUGGUUGCAUGGGCUGUCGGUGACUUUGAAUAUGUCGAGUCGACCACUACCAAGCUCGAGAACCCCGUUACCUGCCGUGUCUACACCCUUCCAGGAUUGAAGGAGCAGGGACAAUUCGCAGUCGACAUCACCCCCAAGAUCCUCGAGUACUUCUCCGAGAUCUUUGGAACCGCAUACCCUCUCCCCAAGCUGGAUCAGAUCGCCGUUCCCGAUUUCGACAUGGGCGCCAUGGAGAACUGGGGUCUUGUCACUUACCGCACCGUCGCUUUGCUCUUUGACGAGAAGACUUCUGACCUCCGCUUCAAGGAACAGGUCGCCUCUACUGUCGCCCACGAGCUUGCCCACCAAUGGUUCGGAAACUUGGUUACCAUGGAGUGGUGGGACCAUCUCUGGUUGAAUGAGGGAUUCGCCACCUGGGUUGGAACCUUGGCUGUCGACCACAUCUUCCCCGAGUGGGACACCUGGCCCACUUUUAUUGUUUCGGAUGUUCAGCGCGGAAUUGCUUUGGAUUCUCUCCGCAGCUCUCACCCCAUUGAGGUCCCCGUCUCCGACCCUCACGAGAUUCACCAAAUUUUCGACGCCAUUUCCUACUCCAAGGGUGCCUCUGUUAUUCGCAUGUUGAGCAACUGGUUGACCGUCGAUGUCUUCUUGGCUGGAAUCCGUCGUUACCUCAAGAAGCACGAGUACAGCAACGCUACCACCGACGAUCUCUGGAACGCUCUCUCGGAGGAGUCCAAGAUUGAUGUUCGCGAGUUCAUGAACACCUGGACCCGUGUCAUUGGUAUCCCCAUCAUCGACGUCACUGAGGUCGAUGGUGUCGUCUCUGUCGAGCAGCACCGCUACUUGUCGACUAACGAUGUCAAGCCUGAGGAGGACGAGACCAUCUGGUGGGUCCCCAUGGGUGUCCACCCCAAGCCUGCUUCGAUUGCUGACCCCAACCAGACUUUGAAGACUCGUUCGCUCAAGUUUGAGGUUCCCGAGGGCGCUUACUUGCUCAACAAGAACUACAGCGGAGUUUUCAGGACCAACUACCCUCCCAGCGUCAUUGCCCGCAUUGGAGAGGCUAUCCUCUCUGGAUCGGAUCUUGUUGGAUUGAGCGACCGCGCUGGUCUGGUUGCCGACAUCUCGUCGUUGGCCAAGUCUGGUCACACCGAGACCAAGAACUUUUUGGAUCUUGUCCAGUACUACAAGAAUGAGAACACCUACGUCGUAUGGGAGUUGCUUGCCCAGCGUGUUGCAGAGAUUGGUGCCAUCUUUGCCGCCAACGAGACUGUUCACCAGCAGGUUCUUCACUUCCAGCGCAAAUUGAUUGACCAGAUGGUCGAGAAGCUUGGAUGGGAGUACCCCGAGGGAGAGGACUACUUGACCAGCCGUCUCCGCAACGUCAUUUUGCGUACCGCUGGCCGUGCCGGACAUGUUGCUACUGUUGCCGAGGCCAAGCGUCGCUUCAAGAUCUUUACCUCGGAUGCCUCCCAGGAGUCGAUCUUGCACCCCUCAAUCCGCCAGACUGCCUUUGAGAUGGUCUUGAUCAACGGCGGCGAGGAAGAGUUCCGUCAGGUGUUGAAGUAUUUCCACAAUGCCCCCAAGCAAGAUCAGCAGGUUGUUGCCUUGUUGGCUCUUGGAUCUGUCCAGCAGCCCGAGUUGAUUGCCGAGGUCCAAGAGUUGGGCAUUUCGAAGGACGUCCGUCCCCAAGAUAUCACCUACGUCCUUGCCGGAUUGUCUGGUAAUGCCAAGGCCCGUUUGUCGACCUGGGAGUUUGUCAAGAAGAACUGGACCUUGAUCUCUGACAGAUACAAGUCGUCGAUGGGUCUGUUGGGUCUCUGUGUCAAGUACCCCCUGGCCCAAUUGGCAGACAAGGCUCUCGUCCAGGAUGUGACCGAGUUCUUUGCCGAGAAGGAUACCAAGGAUUUCCAGCGUGCUCUUGAUCAGGCCAUUGAGGGUUUGAACGUCAACUCUGCCUGGGUCGAGAGGGAGCAGGAGAGCCUCGGCGCCUGGUUGUCCGCCAACAAGUACUAA